GCCCCCUACCCCCGGGCCCUCAGCUCCAGCUGCGGCGCCAUUGGCUGCGGGUCUCUGCCAGCCUUUAUAUAAGCCCGGGCGCGCUCGAGUGGAGUUGUAUAAAGCGAGCGAGCGAGCGGUGUUGGGGCGGGAAGCUCCAGGCCAACCUGGGACCGGGGCUGGGAGCUGGAAGGCAGCGGCGGCGGCGGCAAAGGCGGCAGUGAGCUCCCGCUCUCCGACGCCCCCAGGCGGUGGGGCUGAGAGAGCCCGAGGAUGGCUCCGAGCGCAGACGCUGGCAUGUUCCAGAUGUUUCUGUUCCUGCUGCUGCUGUGGUUUCUGCCCCUGACUGAGGGGUCCCUGCGGGCUGAACCCAUGUUCACAGCAGUCACCAACUCAGUCCUGCCCCCUGACUAUGACAGCAACCCCACCCAGCUCAACUAUGGAGUGGCAGUGACUGAUGUGGACCAUGACGGGGACUUUGAGAUCGUCGUGGCAGGGUACAAUGGCCCCAACCUGGUUCUGAAGUACGACCGGGCCCAGAAGCGGCUGGUGAACAUCGCGGUGGACGAGCGCAGCUCCCCCUACUACGCGCUGCGGGACCGGCAGGGCAACGCCAUCGGGGUCACAGCCUGCGACAUCGAUGGGGAUGGCCGUGAGGAGAUCUACUUCCUCAACACCAAUAAUGCCUUCUCCGGGGUGGCCACGUACACGGACAAGUUGUUCAAGUUCCGCAAUAACCGCUGGGAAGACAUCCUGAGUGACGAGGUCAACGUGGCCCGCGGCGUGGCCAGCCUCUUUGCCGGGCGCUCUGUGGCCUGCGUGGACAGGAGGGGCUCCGGAUGCUACUCCAUCUACAUCGCCAAUUACGCCUACGGUAAUGUGGGCCCUGAUGCCCUCAUUGAAAUGGAUCCGGAGGCCAGUGACCUCUCCCAAGGCAUUCUGGCGCUCAGAGAUGUCGCUGCUGAGGCUGGGGUCAGCAAAUACACAGGGGGCCGGGGCGUAAGCGUGGGCCCCAUCCUCAGCAGCAGUGCCUCAGAUAUCUUCUGCGACAACGAGAACGGGCCCAACUUCCUCUUCCACAACCAGGGGGACGGCACUUUCGUGGAUGCUGCGGCCAGUGCUGGUGUGGAUGACCCCCACCAGCACGGGCGAGGUGUCGCCCUGGCCGACUUCAACCGUGAUGGCAAAGUGGACAUCGUCUAUGGCAACUGGAAUGGCCCCCACCGCCUCUAUCUGCAGAUGAGCGCCCACGGGAAGGUGCGCUUUCGGGACAUCGCCUCACCCAAGUUCUCCAUGCCCUCGCCUGUCCGCACAGUCAUCGCUGCCGACUUUGACAAUGACCAGGAGCUGGAGAUCUUCUUCAACAACUUCGCCCACCGCAGCUCCUCAGCCAACCGCCUCUUCCGCAUCAUCCGCAGGGAACACGGCGACCCCCUCAUCGAGGAGCUCAAUCCUGGCGAUGCCUUGGAGCCUGAGGGCCGGGGCACAGGCGGUGUGGUGACAGACUUCGAUGGAGACGGGAUGCUGGACCUCAUCUUGUCCCACGGAGAGUCCAUGGCUCAGCCGCUGUCCGUCUUCCGGGGGAAUCAGGGCUUCAGCAACAACUGGCUGCGGGUGGUGCCGCGAACCCGGUUUGGGGCCUUCGCCAGGGGCGCUAAGGUUGUGCUCUACACCAAGAAGAGUGGGGCCCACCUGAGGAUCAUCGACGGGGGCUCAGGCUACCUGUGCGAGAUGGAGCCCGUGGCACACUUUGGCUUGGGGAAGGAUGAGGCCAGCAGCGUGGAAGUGACAUGGCCCGAUGGCAAGAUGGCCAGCCGGAACGUGGCCAGCACGGAGAUGAACUCGGUGCUGGAGAUUCCCUACCCGCGGGAUGAGGACAGACUUCAGGACCCAGCCCCCCUGGAGUGCGGCCAAGGAUUCUCCCAGCAGGAAAAUGGCCAUUGCAUGGACACCAACGAAUGCAUCCAGUUCCCAUUCGUGUGCCCUCGAGACAAGCCCGUGUGUGUUAACACAUACGGAAGCUACAGGUGCCGGACCAACAAGAGAUGCAGUCGGGGCUACGAGCCCAACGAGGACGGCACAGCCUGUGUGGCCUCCCUCACUCCUUCAGAAGAAUCAAGAUAGUCCUGUCUUUUCUGUAUCCUCCAGUGUCAUGAGCGGCUUAUUUUGCCCUUAACAAAGAUGGCUCCCAGGCGGUUCCUUGCCCAGUUGAUUAUGUGCCGCAUGUCUGCUGGUUUGGCCUAUGCUGUUUCUGCUCUGCGGGCCCUGACUGCCCGUGGUAGAGAAAGCCAUAUUGGGGUUGGUGGUCAUGAUGGGAGAGGGAAAGGGUGGCCCUUUGGGACUCUUGAUAAAAAUGUUAAAGUUUGAACUUGCGAAGUCUUCCAGCCUCUUUAUGGAGAAAUAAAUCAUGCCAAUAAACUCUCUGCUGGGUAUUAGUUUCUAGCUAGUGAAAAAAAAAUGUGUCUGAGGCAAGUAGAGCUGGUUGGAAUGCUGAAUUAGCAGCAGCCCUUCCAUCACAGGGCCCUUGGAAAGCAACUCAUGAGAUAUAGUGUCUGCCCCAGGCAUAAGCAGUGGUUGGGUUUGUGCCUCAGUGUUCACGUGUCAGGGACUGGGGUUUGGACCAGGUAAGGGAUGUGGGAUGAGCAAGGGACAGACAUGGAGUGCUCUGAGGAAGUCACUUCUCCACUCUGGGCCUCAGUUUCCCUCAUCUAAAUGACAGGAGAGUUGAGCCUAAGGGCUCUUUCCUUUCUAAGACCCCUUAAUAUGUGGCUGGACAUAGGCAUGGC